UCGAGUUGGAUGCGUCGUCACCAAACGGCGCCUCGUGCACGCACCGCGCGCGGCACAAAGCACGGCCGCGCACAGGCCUAGAGAAUAUAAGCAGCUCUGCUCAGCUCAGCCUGCAUUUAAUUUUUAUUCGUAGCUAGGGGCUAGGCUACUGGCAGAGCAAGUUGUUGGAUCGGAGGACUUCACUGGCGGAUCCGGAUCCUCUCUUGCGAAGUCAGAGGCGAGCGGUAAUCCGUGAGGCGUGGAUAUUUUUGAAGUCAUCGUGAACUCCAAUCUCUCUAAAGUCAGAGAAUCACGAUUCGCCGCUGGCUAUCUAGUCGCCCCCGUCUUCUGCAUCGUCACGCUGUCGGAGGAAGAUUAAGCUCUGAGCUUUAGGGGAACAAAUAAACUAGACGUGCGGUUUGUUUUGCGUGCGCGCGCAGGCCGGCCAUGAAGGGCGGAGUAGGCGACAAGGCCGGGAGGGGCGGCAGGCUGCCGCCGGCGCUGCGGCUGGAGUCGCAGCGGUUCAGGCUGCUGUCCAUCGUCGUCGGCUGCUUCCUCUUCUGCCUCGUCUUCCUCCUCUCCUCCCGCCCCGACGCCACCGCCUUCGUCAUCAGCCAGUCCAAUCACGUGAGCCCCAGGGCGUCGUUGGAGGACGCGCGCAGGCCGGCCGUCAAGACGCUGCGCUCGUCCGCCGGCUUCGGUCGGGAUUUCCAUGUGGACAUCCUGCCGGCGCAGCAGGGACAGGGGGAGAGCCACGGCCACCUGCGGCAGAGCGUCGAGCAGAACAACGACAAGGCAGUCACAGAAUGGGUUAGAGACACGGUGAUCGUGGAGGAGAGGAGCGACGUCGAGGGAGAAGCAGAGCCAAACGAGGCAGAGCGUGGCAGCAAUGCCGCUGCCUCUACGUCAAGCUCCGACGAGCACGCCGCACCAGGUGUCGAGAAGGCGGCCGAAGACGAUGCCGUGCGGACCACGGCCGCGCAACCAGCCGUCGAAACGACGUCGACUCGGCUCGACCAGCCAGAGGAGAAGCACCAAGUUGGCGGUCAGAUCAAGCUCCAGGAGCAGCCAGCUCGGCCGCGGCAACAGCAAGAGGAGAGCAAGGAAUCAACACGCCCCGGGGACCAGAAGACGCGGCCGCCGUUGUGCGACUUUGCGGACUUCCGCUCCGACGUCUGCGACUUCGCCGGCGACAUCCGCAUGGACGCCAACGCGUCGGCGUUCGUCGUCGUCAACCCAGCGGGCGGCGCGAGCGGCCAGAUGACGCACAGGGUCCGGCCGUACCCUCGGAAGGGCGACGAGACGUGCAUGGGCCGCGUUACCGAGAUCACGGUGCGGGCGACGGCCGACGCGGCGGCGGCGCCACGGUGCACGAGGACGCACACCGCGCCGGCAGUCGUGUUCUCGAUCGGGGGGUACACGGGCAACAUCUUCCACGACUUCUCCGACGUCAUCGUCCCGCUGUACAACACCGUGCAGCGCUACCGCAGCGACGUGCAGCUCGUCAUGGCCAACGUGGACUCCUGGUGGCUCGUCAAGUACGACAAGCUCCUCCGCGAGCUGUCGCGCCACGCGCCGCUCGACCUCUCCAAGGCCGGCGCCAGCGGGGAGGUGCACUGCUUCGGCCACGCCGUGGUGAGCCUCCGCGCGCACCGGGAGCUCAUCAUCGAGCGUGAGCGCAGCCUGGACGGGCUCUCGACGCUGGACUUCACGCGGUUCCUCCGGCGCGCGCUGUCUCUGCCCCGGGACGCGCCCACGCGCCUCGGCGACGGCACGGGCCGCAAGCCCCGCCUGCUGAUCAUCUCUCGCCGCCGCACCCGGAUACUCCUGAACCUCGACGCCGUGGUCCGCGCGGCCGAGGAGGUGGGCUUCGAGGCCAUCGUCAACGAGUCGGACGUCGCCAACGACAUCGCGCAGGUUGGGCGGCUGAUCAACUCGUGCGACGCGCUGGUGGGCGUGCAUGGCGCGGGGCUGACCAACACGAUGUUCCUGCCGCCGGGCGCGACGAUGGUGCAGAUCGUGCCGUGGGGCGGCCUGCAGUGGAUGGCGCGGGCGGACUACGGCGAGCCCGCGGAAGCGAUGGGGCUCAGGUACAUCCAGUACGAGGUCGCCGUCGGCGAGAGCACGCUCAAAGACAAGUACCCCAGAGAUCACGAGAUCUUUACCAACCCAACGGCGCUGCACAAGAAGGGCUUCAUGUUCAUUAGGCAGACGCUCAUGGACGGCCAGGACAUCACCGUCGACGUCAGCCGCUUCAGGGAGGUGUUGCUCCAGGUGCUCAACAACCUCGCGCAGUAGCUGCCCACCUGUGUGCCGAGCUAGCUAGCCGUUACAUGCAGCCGUGCAUGUACAGUGCUACUUCUACUUAGUAUAUAUACUGUUACCAUGUUUGUAUGUAGUACAUUAAUUUAGUUGGAGCUCUGUAUCGUCA